AUGCCGUGGUGGCAGUGGCGCCGCGAGGCCGAGGAGGCUGCAGCCAAGCAGCAGGAGGCGGAGGCGGCCAUGGCAGCAAUAUUCGCUCCUUCGCACGCCGCCGUAAAAAAGGCAUCCAGCACUGAUAGCUCCAUCCUGCGACUAUCUGGAGUGCGUCUGUUCAAGGAGGGGGAGGAGGAAGCGAAGAGGGGAGAGUUGGCAGCUGUCAGUGGUCCUGUUGCUGUUGCAACCCAGGCAAAGAUGGCUGAGAAAGUAAAUAUCGGUGCCGGUAUUUCUUCCAACAGGAGCGAAGAGACGAAGGAAACACCGAGUUGGCGUUCACUGCCGCCGAGUCCUAUAUUGGGCUACACGCUGCGAGAGGAGGGGCUUGUCGAUGACCUUGUGAAUCCCCCGAAGACUCUCUCGGCCCGGGACGUGAAAUCCCUGAUUGUCGAGCUUUCCUCCAUUGAGCAGCAGGCGAAGUACUCUGUUGACACACAGUUCCCGCAGCAGGUGCAUAAUAAGGGACGACGCAGCAUGGAGCUUGUCAUCAGCCCGUGUCUUUUCAUGAGCGGUCUGUACCUGAUGCUCUGGAAGGCGCCGCGUUUGUACUUUGGCGCUUCUCCUCGGGGUAGUAUUGUUUUCACGCGGGCCCUCGCACUGAUGCGGUGGUACCUUCCCGAGGUGGAAAAGGAAAGGCUGGCGCGGAAUAACCGUAGGCUGUUUCAGGCGACAAAUGCGCGGGUCACGUUGUCUUUCCUUACCGGUUGUGGUCUGACGAUGAUUGCGGUCGCAACGCGACCACCACUCGAUGUGGUCGAUGUUGGCCCCGAUGUGGAGGUUGGCAAACAAUCUGUUGGCCUCCAGCAGCACUCGGAGGCCGCCCUGCGGUGGCUGUGGUUCGUGUACUACCACCAUCCAGUGUACCGGUCACUCGCUAAAGGAGUGCGCCCGCCCAUUCUCCAGGGAGGAGACCCGAGAUGCUGA